ACCCCUCAGUCCCUCAAGCUGACUUACCCAGAGACCUUGGACCGCAUCAAGGAGGAAUUCCAGUUCCUGCAGAACCAAUACCACAGGUGAGAAGCUGCCAGGGCUCGCGUGCCAGCAAGGCACUGGGCACUUAACUGGUGCUGGCGAGAGGCGGGCUCCCCCUCGGUGCUGGGCAUCAGUGUGGGCUGGCAGGAAGUGCCGUCCCAUGCUGCUGUGGGCACUGGUCCAUCUGGAAGACGGCUGUGCCAAGCACCACCUUGGUAGCUUGAAAUGACACUGUUUGAGGGGUAAACUCGGCCUCUUCCUGCCAAAAGCCCCAGGAUGAGGAUGCUGGCUUCCAGGGCCCGGCUUCUGGGCUGAGCUGGAGCCGUCACUUAGCAGACCUGGAGUCCCUCUGAUCCGCCCUGCUGCUGGCCAGGAUCACCUCCCCUUCCCCGCACAGUGCUGGGCAGAGCAAGCUUGAAGUUAGAAUGUGAAAAGCUGGCAACAGAAAAAACAGAAAUCCAGCGUCAUUAUGUCAUGUACUACGAGAUGUCCUACGGCCUGAACAUCGAGAUGCACAAACAGGCACUGCCUCUCUUCUGCUGCCAGACGGAGAUUGCGAAGCGGCUCAAUGUGAUCUGCGCCCAGCUCAUCCCAUUCCUGUCUCAGGAGCACCAGCAGCAGGUGGUCCAGGCCGUGGAGCGUGCGAAGCAGGUGACUAUGACCGACCUGAACGCGGCGAUCGGGCACCAGCUCCAGACCCAGCACCUCUCACACCACGCUCCUCCCAUCCCGCUGACCCCCCACCCCUCCGGGAUGCAGCCCACCGGCCUUGCUGGCAUCAGCAGCACCUCGGGGCUGCUGGCGCUUUCAGGGGCACUGGGGGCCCAGGCCCAGCUUCUCUCCAAAGAUGACCGAGGAGUCCAUGACACUGAGCCUAGGGAGCGAGACCCCGGCCCUAGCUCCCUGGCGCUGCCCAAUGGGGAGCGGGCACGAGCCAUCUCCGAGUACCUGAGCAGCAGCAAAAAGAGGAAGGUGGAGGAGAAGGACUUCGUUACAGACUACGGCAGCGAUGCAGACAAAAGUGAAGACAACUUGGUGGUGGAUGAGGACCCCUCUUCCCCGCACAGCGUCCAUUCCUACUCAUCCCGGGAGAAUGGGGUGGAGAAGGUCCCACUGGGCAGGAAGGAGGCCAUGCCGCUCAGCCCGACCUCCAUGGCCUCCUCGAGCAGCACGUCCCCGUCUCGGAGCAAGGAUGCACCCACGGUGGAGAAGGUAGGGACGCCUAGCCUGAAGUCCAGCACACCCACCUCCCAGGGUGACACCGCAGCCCUGGGCUCCAGUGGUGCCCAGCAGUUUCGCCCUGCCGCCGCCAAGGCCCCCGUGGACCCACUGGCCCUGGGCCUGAGGAAUCCGCUGGGAGUGCAGAGCCCCUACUCGGCUGCCUUUGGCAUGGCCCACCCCGCAGUUAACGGGGACAUGGCCGGGACUGGUGCCUACGCCAGCCUCCACCUCAUGUCCCCGCAGCUCAACGGGGCUGCGGCCGCCGUGGGAGCCGGCAGCUACGGGCGCUCCCCCCUGGUGGGCUACGACCCGCACCCCCACAUGCGCGUCCCAGGGCUGGCAGCCGGCAUGCAAGUGGGGACUUCGGGGAAACCCGCCUAUUCCUUCCACGUCAGCGCCGACGGGCAGAUGCAGCCGGUGCCUUUCCCACCCGACGCCCUCAUCGGCUCUGGUAUCCCCCGCCACGCUCGGCAGCUUCACACCCUGACCCACGGCGAGGUGGUCUGUGCCGUCACCAUCAGCAACUCCACACGACACGUCUACACCGGGGGCAAGGGCUGCGUGAAGGUGUGGGACGUGGGGCAGCCAGGCACCAAGACAGCCGUGGCUCAGCUGGACUGUUUGAACCGCGACAACUACAUCCGCUCCUGCAAGCUGCUGCCUGACGGCCGGAGCCUUAUCGUGGGGGGGGAGGCCAGCACCCUCUCCAUCUGGGACCUGGCAGCCCCAACGCCCCGCAUCAAGGCCGAGCUCACCUCCUCUGCCCCCGCCUGCUAUGCCCUGGCCAUCAGCCCCGACGCCAAAGUCUGCUUCUCCUGCUGCAGCGACGGCAACAUCGUGGUGUGGGACCUACAGAACCAGACCCUGGUCAGGCAGUUUCAAGGCCACACAGAUGGUGCCAGCUGCAUCGACAUCUCUAACGAUGGUACCAAGCUGUGGACAGGGGGGCUGGACAACACAGUACGGUGCUGGGACCUGCGGGAAGGGCGUCAGCUGCAGCAGCAUGACUUCAGCUCCCAGAUCUUCUCCCUGGGUUACUGCCCAACGGGAGAGUGGCUGGCAGUGGGCAUGGAGAGCAGCAACGUGGAGAUCCUGCAUGUCACCAAACCAGACAAGUACCAGCUGCACCUCCAUGAGAGCUGCGUUCUCUCCCUCAAAUUCGCCUCCUGCGGGAAGUGGUUUGUGAGCACGGGGAAGGACAACCUGCUGAAUGCCUGGCGGACACCCUAUGGAGCCAGCAUCUUCCAGUCAAAGGAAACCUCCUCCGUCCUCAGCUGCGAUGUCUCCACGGAUGACCAGUUCAUCGUGACUGGCUCAGGGGACAAGAAAGCUACGGUUUACGAGGUCAUUUACUGAGAGCAAGAGAGGUGCCAACUGCAGGGAGGGCCCACACAACGUGGACAGGCACGUGUCCAUGUGGACAGACGGGUGGACUCUACCUGCCCUGCUGCUGACUUCCCAAAGAAUGUGCAGCCUGUGGCCAGGGCAUCCAAGCCGGAGGAGAGCGGCGAGGGGUGGAGGUGGCCCUGGGACCACAGCCAGGCGUCAUGCUGGGCUGGGACGUGGCGGCUGCUGCUCGCAGUGAAUUUCCUGGGGACUUUCUCCUUGUUUUGUUCUUUAUUUGUUGGCUUGUUUCUAAAUCUGGACUGUGGGCGUUGAGGGGGGAGGGUCUGGCAUUGUUAAGGUUUUUUGUUCGGGGUUUUUGAGGUUUUUUUGGUUCUAACU